GUGUUCCAGGAUGGUUCCUUCCAGCAGCAGGUCGUCGUUUAACAAAGCAGCCACACGCUCCUGGGGCAUCACAUGAUGGAUGAACGAACCCCUUCCAGGUCCUUGGUUGUGAUUCUGUGUUUUUCUAAUAAACCAUGGAACUUAAAGUCCAGUCUGUGAGGUCACGUUCGUGUACUGAGACCCGCCUUUAGUCUCAUCUACUUCACAAACGCCCACUUCAGGAGGAGAUCCAGCCACAAGGAGGAUCAAAGUUUUGGUUAUGAUCAUUCUAUUUGUAAUCAGUGUUUUCUAACUUCAUUUAUUUUUACACUGUUUUCUUCCCACUGUCUUUCACGGAUAGAGUAGAAAGUCCAGAACCAGGCACACUCACAGCUCUGAUCCAAACGAAUUCUUCCUGUUGAGCAAACUGUGACCUGACAACAAACACGUCCAGCUGCUGCAGAGCACAACGUUCCCACUCGCUUCAUAUCUGCAGGUUUCCACCAGUGAACGGUGGUUUGUUAUCUGACGAGCAGCUGCUCCAACCAACAGAACCUCAGGGUUCCACUGGGCCGAGCUCAAACUGGCUGUUGUGAGACGCGGUGAGUAAAGCUGCAUGUCUCUGCACAGACGCCGUCGUGCUCUGCUCAGGACCCCCCCCAGGUCCGAUAAGGGCCCGACCUUUGGUGACCUUACGUAACAGUGGGAGCAGCAGGCGGCUGAGCUCCGCUCUUUAAAAGCUUACGGAACAAAACGCUGCGUGUUGAGACUCGGCGUCGAGGUUACAGUGCAGCCAUGGCCUCCGCUCCUGCCUUACUCGUGCUGGUCCUGGCCUGUCUGACUGCAACCCAGGCCCAGGUGAAGGUGUUCAACCUGAGGGCCACCGGACUCCCCUCCAACCUCAUAUCCACCACAGACGGCUACGUCAAAGUGUUCUGCAGCUCCGCCUCCAUGGGCGAAACCUCCGUCAUCAACAACAACGCUGACCCCUGGUGGAAGGAGGAGUUCUCCUACUUCAAGGCUCAGGAGAACGACGUCCUGAGGCUGGAGGUCUAUGACAGCGACUUCCUGUUUGACGACAGGCUGGGAGUCUGUCAGAGGCAGAUGAAGCUGGGGACCCACACUCAUGACUGCUACCUGGAGAAAGGAGGGACCCUCAACUACUCCUACACGCUGGGCUGAGUGGUGUCAGCUCGGUCUCACCAGCAGUGCUCUAGUUCUGGUUCUGAUGGAUCUGAGACACACCAAAGGUUCAUUCAAUAAAUCCUUUAAGCAUUG